GUGACCCGGACGCUUGGUACAUAUACUAGUGGGGCAUCGCAUGAUACUCUCCAUCAAUGGUGGUAUAUUCAACGUCUUCCCUGAACGUCUCCAUCCUAAAAGUUUAUUGUACGACCAUCUUCUCCGUUCUUCUUCCUCAUUCUUUGUCGUAAAAACCCAAUAUCUCGAAAAUGGCGUUGAAUAAUACAUUUUCGAAUGCAACAUGCCUCACGCCAGCGACUAUGUAUCCAAAUAUGACCGAAAUCGAGGAAUGCCAGAGCCGCGCAGAAUCAAUAUACUGCUACCCACCGAAUGGGACUCGAAUCUGUGUUCCGACAGAAGAUGUCCCGUUCUACUGGCCCCCAAAAUACUACCACUCCGACGCCAAAAUUUGCCUUGAAUAUGAUCUCAACUCCUACUUCGCCUAUUUCAGAUACAACUGGGGUAAUAAAACCCAGGAAUUCACUCCUGCCAUGUACGAAGCUGUGGCGUCACCCAUUCCCGGCCAGUUAAACGAGAAAAUGAUGAGGAUGUACCUCUUGGAGCGCCGUUUCAAUACGAGUCUCGAUCCUUAUAAUCUAGAGACAUAUGAUGGCCCCAAACUGAUUCUUGUCAAGACAGCGGAGUUCCCCAGUAGGACGCGUUCAUAUGGGAUAACCGCUACGGUAACAACUCAAAGCUCGAAUCACAACAGUCAUAGCAGCUCUGGGAUCUCAAGCCAAAAGGCCGCUGGAAUUGCUCUCGCUACGAUAUUUGGUAUCAUUGCAGUUUUAGUAUUGCUCUGCUGCAGGUGUUGCUUGGGGAGGCGGAAUAAGAAUGCAGGUGGAGUGAAUGGACGAGCCGAAGACUUUGCGAGGAGGGUACCAGACUUGCAGACUCAAUCGGAGAACAUACCUAGUCGUACACAGGGAACGAAUUUCGGUGAGGAGAUGACAACCUUGGACAUGAACAACGAGCCCCAACGGCCUACUCGAAUAAGGGAUGCCGACCUCGAGAGUUUGCCGCCCUAUAACAUAGACAAGCCACCGAAAUACUCGCCCUGA